AUGGUGAGACAUCACGGUCUGACGCGUGAGCCGGCCGUAAACCAUGAAGGGGGUGAUCUUGAAGAAGAGCCGGCUGAGGCAGAUGAAAGGGCGCCUUUUGUGUCUAUGCUUAACAAAGCCGAGGGAUCCAUGGAAAGUCAUUCUCAAAUAACCCGGCCUUCUCACCAAAUUCCAUCUCGCAAAAGUCCACCAUUUUACACGCAAAGCUCAAGUGACGCGUGCUUAAAACUUCGCUCGGUUCUACCAGAGUAUGACAUUCUAACAUCUACUCUAUCAAAGAAUGGAGCCUGGUGGAGUAGUUUCCGUCAGAAGGUGCAGGUCAUUUGCCAGGGAUCUUAUGAAGACCUGGCCGCCUUUGCUACGCGCGCCUACACGAGCAAUGACCCUGCCGAACUUGGCAUGCUUGUUGUCGCAUAUGCACGUAGCACGGGGCAUCACCAUGACCUAUACGGGCUCGUUGAUAAACUGUCCAUCCCCGAUUCUGAGCACUCUUACUCUGCGGAGGCAAUGGAACUUCUUCUGUUAUUGGCUAAAGCCUACAGUGAUAUUGGACAACCUCGGCAGUCUUGGAUGAUGUAUAGGAAAGGUCUCGCUAUUUCCGAAGUCAUGGGCCUGUAUAGACGGGAAAUGGUUUCUCCUCAUCUGAAGAGCAUCUGGUGGGCCUUCUAUCACGGGGAUCGCUUUUCGAGUCUUCUUCUUGGCCUUCCAUAUGGAUUCAACGACGCUCAUCUUAGUCCAACCGUCGAGCCAUACAACAUGCCAGUGUACCCAGAGCAGCGUUUCGUUCUGCGCUGUGCCUCCAUUGCAGGAAAGAUCAUUGACCGGAAUAUGAUACCUGGGAAGCCAUUUUCUGCAAGUUCAAUGCUUCUUGACGAGCAAAUGGAUACAAUCGCUUCUUCUAUGGACCUGAGCUGGUGGGAUCUACCUGAGUCACUUCCCAACUCCCAUGCCGAGACAGAUGAGCUGAGAAACGUUUUACUGUUGCAUUUCUACUUCUUCCAUGUCAGAAUCAAUCUUCAUCUGCCAUUUAUUGUCGGAACAGAGUCGAAAUCUCCUCGAAGCUCUCACAGACUGGCAUGUUUGGAAGCUUCUCGACAACUGCUUAAACGAUUUACCAUUUUGCGUACUCAAAUUGAGGGUUUCAGUAUCUUUGACUGUAAAACAAGCGACUUUGUCGGGUUUAUGGCUUGCGUAAUUCUAAUUCUAUGUCUGUCGCAACCACAGUCUGACGAGAUUAUCAUUCCGCUUUCAGACGAGGAUCAGAAGCUUGUUACACAAGUUAAAGGCAUCUUUGAGAGAGGAGAGAAAGCGGGAUGUAAGAUUGCUUGUCAAUGUCGAAGGAUGCUUGACAUACUAUCGGGCGUUACCCACGACAGUGACGAUGGCUCAUCGAGCAAACUGCCAGAUAGAAUUGCAAUCCCCCACUUCGGAUACAUCCGGCGGGAUGUAGUACAACAGGCUGGGUUGCAAGCCACAGUAAGGGCCUCAAUGGCAGGUUCCACCGAGCAAAGUAUGACAGCAGCCCUAGCCAUCUCAAGGGAUGGUCUGGCUGGGCUAGAAACUGAACCUGGAAGUAGCAAUUGGCCAGUGCCUGUGGAUACGGAAAUGUGUUGGGAGUUUGGUGGACUCGAGCAUUUCCAGAUUGAUGAUGAUCUUUCAUCGUGGCUUGAUACUGCGAUGUUGGACGUGAACCUAGAGUGGAACAUGCCGUCAGGUGGAUUCGUGCAUGACACCCCGUUUCUAUAG